UUCAAUAAAAUUCUGUUAUUACCAGAAACUUACUAGUAUUAUUAUUAUUAUUAUUACAAUGUAUAUGUUGGUCAGCCUAUUGGCUUACCUCGCUGUCUCUUCCUUUCCCCUCAAAUUUAUGACCCCCAAAAAUUUAUUAUUAUCAAUUUGAAAAGACAACUUCAAAUAAAGGAAAAAAAAUGAUACUCCCACUAUCAAUUUCUUGUCGAAAUGCUCAAAAUCCCCUUUUUUUUGGUACAAAUUCUUCAUCUCAAGAUCACUUCUUUCUAUAAAAUAACUGUUCCAUUUUGCUUACUUCAAAAAGAUUUGUAAUAUAAUAUUGAAAUUAUUAAAAAAUUUGAUAUAAAAUGAGUAGAAAAAAGAAGUUGAGUUUCAGCUUUAAUAUUGAGGUAGUCAUGGAUUUUUUGAAGAAAAUCGCCAUUGAUAAACCAGUUUACUUGGUUUUUGUGCCUUUAAUUUCUGUUAUUUGGGCAUUUGAGAAAUGGGUUUUCUCUAUUUCUACUUGGGUUCCUCUUGCUAUUGCUGUUUGGGCUACUUUGCAGUAUGGAAGCUAUCAGCGCAAAAUUCUUGCCGAAGACUUGAACAGGAAAUGGAAUCGAGCAAUGCUAGAUGCAUCGCCAAUGACAGCACUGGAGCACUGUGAGUGGCUGAACAGGUUAUUGUUAGAAGUUUGGCCUAGCUACAUUCACCCUAGGAUUUCAUCAAGGUUUUCUUACACAGUUGAGAGACGCUUGAAGUAUAAGAAACCAAAGCUUGUGGAAAGGUUUGAACUCGAAGAAUUUUCACUUGGUUCUUCUCCUCCUAAAGUAGGUCUUCAGGGGAUGCGCUGGUCAACUGUUAGAGAUCAGAGGAUUAUGCAUACAAGUUUUGACUGGGACACCAAAGACAUGAAUAUUAUGCUGCUUGCUAAACUAGCCAAACCAUUAUAUGGAACUGCACGCAUUGCCAUAAACUACCUCCAUAUCAAGGGUGAUGUGCAAUUGAUGCCAGUGCUAGAUGGAAGAGCAAUUUUACUUUCCUUUAUAUCUGUGCCAGAGGUGAGACUUGGAAUUGCCUUGGGAAGUGGUGGAAGUCAACUCCCUGGAAUGGAGCUGCCCGUUGUUUCUUCAUGGCUGGUCAAACUCUUGACCGACACCUUAGUGAAGACUAUGGUUGAACCUCGUCGUCGAUGUCUCACUCUGUCAGCUGUACAGUUGGGGAAAAGGGCAGUUGGUGGCAUACUUUAUGUAACAGUAGUUGGUGCAAGUCAACUUUCUAGAAAUGUGGUUAAAGGAAGCCCGACAAGCACACAAGUUGGUUCAAAUCAUGCCUCAGAAGAGCGUCUUAAUAAGGAUGUGAAGACAUUUGUGGAGGUAGAGAUUGAAGAAAUUACCAGGAGAACAGAUGCAAAGCCAGGCUCUAGUCCACAAUGGGAUUCCACAUUUAAUAUGGUUUUACACGAUAAUGCAGGAGUACUUAAAUUCCAUCUUUAUGAAUGUUCUCCUGGUAGUGUGAAGUUUGAUCACCUUGCGACUUGUGAAAUUAAGGUUAGAUAUUGUGAAGAUGAUUCCACGAUAUUUUGGGCGAUAGGACCUGAUUCAGGAGUCAUAGUAAAGCGUGCUGAGAGUUGUGGAAAAGAAGUUGUAAUGAAUGUUCCUUUUGAGGCAGUAGAGUCAGGGGAGUUGAUGGUCAGACUUGUUCUUAAAGAAUGGCAGUUUUCGGGUGGUUCUAAAAGUGCUGGGUUACACCUUAAUGCUCAAUCAACAUUAUCUGGGUUAUCAAAUUCAAAGACUGGAAGAAAACUGUAUGUUACUGUAAAAGAAGCUACAGAUAUUCCUGGAAAGGAUAAAUUGGAACGAUCAGAGCCUUAUGUUAGGUUGCAGUAUGGGAAGGUUGUCCAGAAAACAAGGGCUGUGAAACAGACAUUAAAUCCUGUUUGGAACCAGACAUUUGAAUUUGAUGAGAUUACAGGGGGUGAAUAUCUCAAGUUGAAAUGUUUAUAUGAAGAAACAUUUGGAGAUGAGGUAAUUGGCAGUGCAACUGUGAACAUGGAAGGAUUAGAGGUGGGUUCAGUUAGGGAUGUACCUGUACCCCUUGAAAACGUGAAUUCUGGGGAAGUAAGGCUUCAAAUUGAAGCUGUGAGCGAGGUAUCCAAUGGCGGUCCUGAGAAUGGAUUGAUUGAGCUUGUUCUCAUUGAGGCCAGGGAUCUUGUUGCUGCUGAUCUCCGGGGAACAAGUGAUCCAUAUGUGAAGGUCCAGUAUGGAAAUGAGACGAGGAGAACAAAGGUUGUGUACAAGACUGUGAAUCCUUCAUGGAACCAAACAUUUGAGUUUCCUGAUGAUGGAAGUACGUUAGAAUUACAAGUGAAGGAUCACAAUGCUAUAUUGUCCUCAUCAAGCAUAGGCAACUGCAUAGUACAAUACCAAAGACUUCCCCCUAAUGAAGUAUCUGAGAAAUGGAUACCUCUGCAAGGAGUUAAAAAGGGCGAAAUACAUGUUCAAAUAACAAGAAAAGUGCCAGAUCUUCAGAAGAUAACCAGUGUAGACUCUGAUUCAUUGUCAAACAGAGCUCAUGCAAUAUCUGAUCAGAUGAAGGAUAUGUUGAUGAAGCUUGAGUCUUCAGUUGAGGACAAGGAUGCUGAAGAAAUUUUAAGUACUUUAAGUGAACUUCAAAGCUUAGAGGACUCGCAGGAACAAUAUAUGCUCCAGCUUGAAACGGAAAGAAUGCUUCUACUUAACAAAAUAGGCGACCUUGGUCAGGAGCUACUUAAUUCGUCUCCUAAUCUUAGUAGGAGGAUUUCCUAUUAGCUCGCUCUGCCUAAUGACUAGCAUCUAUAAAACAAUACUGCUUCGAUCUGUGGGAAUGAACUCUCUUAGUCGAGGGAUUGAAGAAGUGGAAUAAUUAUUGUAGAUGAUAGGAGGAAGUGUUUCUAAUGUAAUUAUUUGAGUUAGCUUCCCCUCUUCGUACGUCAAAAGACUGAUCAGAGCUACUAUGUGUAAAUUGUCUCACUAGAGUGAAGAGAGUAUGGUUUUAGUUAAAUUACUCGUGAUCAUAGACUCUUGUUACACAAAAAUAGACUUGUAAAAUAGUGAUCUAAUUUUCUCGUGUUUUCCAAUAUUCGUGUGCAACUGCCGCACCAAUUUUGGCAAAAUCAUGAUAUACAUUCCUAGUGAAUCAGAUAACUUUAUUUGUUUUA